UCGUCUCAAACGGUUCAUUUUGUCGUUUUAGCUCAUAACAUUUCUUUCCCUCAUGAAUUUCAGUACGGAUGUAUACAUAGGAAAUGUAAAUAAUUUGAAAGCUCGCUAUAACGCUUCAUAUUUGAGCCAUGUGAUGUCUCUGACGUCACUGGCUAGCAAGCUGUUCCGUGAAGCUCACUGACAGUGGUAUCUUGUUUUGGAAUUUACGUUUCGAAAAAUGGGUUACAAAUGGUGUAUGGUAUCAAAGUGUACAAAUACCUCUAUAAAAAAUCCUGAAAAAUUGUUUUUGUGUGUUCCAAAGAAUGAGAAGAUGCGUAAAAUAUGGUUGCAACUCGCUCGUAGAGAUCCAAAUGAGAUAGCGGUCUCGACGUGUGUUUAUUUCUGUGAGGAUCAUUUUGAUCUAGAGAGGGAUAUUGAAAACUUCUACCAGUACAGAUUGGGCUUCAGUAAAAAAUUACUUUUGGUGAAAGGAGUUUUGCCAUCGAAAUUACACUGCCAACAAAAUCGCAGCAAAAGAUUCAGUGAUUGUAGUACAUCCAGAAGACAAAAAAAUUGCUUUAUUCGAGAAUGUGAAGCAACAGCUCAGUCAAGUCCAGAAAAUGUGAUUGCUACCAGUAACGAAAGUGUUGGUAUUUUUGAGAUGCAAAAUGAAUCCUGUAAUGAAAUAACAGCAGAACAUUCUGCAGCGGCUAAUAAAUGUAUAGGCCUACAGAUAAAUUUGGAACCUUAUUGUAGAAGCAAGUCAGUACCGUGCCUUUCGGGGAAACGACCGUCUUUACUUUCCAUUCCACUAAAGGCAUCUACAGGAGAGGAAGCGGCACACGCACUGUCUGGCGAGAUAGAAAUCAAAGAGGAACCAAUAUUGACUGAACCCUAUCAGCAAUCACUGGAAGAAAUUGAACAGAUCUUCAUAAAAGAAGAGAACAUUAAAUUGGAAAUUCCUGAAGAUCUCGAGGCAUGUGAUCCACUGCAGUUGGAGGAAGAAGAACUCAAAACUGAAGCAGAAUCAACAGGUCAUGGCAGUGAACCAGAAAGUGUCUUCCCCAGUGGCAUGGAGGACGACAACAGAACUGGUGGCGGUGGCAGUCUGUAUACACAGUUUGGCCUGCCUACAGGAAUGGGCAACACCACAGAGUGCACCAUCGAGAAGGAUACAUUCUGUGAGGUAAAAAACAGGGGAAGUCACGACACUCCGCAUUCCUGCAGAGUGUGUCCCAAAACAUUCAGAACUAGUCUUGGCUUGAAGACACACUCUCGGUCGCACAAGGGAGAACGUCCCUAUAAAUGUGAAGUGUGCCACAAGGUAUUCAAGUUUCGCAGCAAAUUGAGGAAACACUCGCAAGUGCACACAGGGGAACGUCCAUACACUUGUGGUGUGUGCAAUAAGGCAUUCACAGAAAAGUGCCACCUCAAGAGCCACUCGCGACAGCACACGGGGGAACGACCAUACGAGUGCAGUCUAUGUCAAAAGAAAUUCUUGUAUAGCUCCAGCUUGAACAUCCAUUUACGUCUGCAUACUGGAGAGCGGCCGUUCGCCUGUAGCGUCUGCCCUAAGACAUUCACGCAAAGUUCUGUGCUGAGGAAUCACUUGCGAAUGCACACAGGGGAGAGGCCGUACAGUUGUAAAAUUUGUCAUAAGAAAUUCUCGCAAGAAAGCAGUUUGAAGAAUCAUAUUAAUGUCCACACAGGCACACGCCCAUACAGUUGUGAUUUGUGUCAGAAGAGCUUCAAGAGCAGAGGCAGCCUCUGGAACCACUCGGUAGUACACAGUGCCGAACGUUCAUAAACUGUGACGUCUGUCUGAAGACCUUCAAACAAACGUGAAGUCAAAUGAGACACCCGCAGCUGCACUCCAGCUAACGCCCUUUCUGCUGUGACGUGUGUCAUAAGUGAUUUAAUACGAGGCAUGAAACUGAAAGCCACACUGAAUCUCACGUCAUGCGUGGUGAAAGAACUCCUGAAGUAUGCACCUUUAUUAUAAAGCUUUGGCAAAAAUGGCUUUUACUCUCCGUUAACGAUAGCGCUACACUGAUUUGCCUUUUUUUGCUUUAGACAGCUGAGGGAAAACUGCCUUAAACAGAAUGGAUAUUACGAACUCAAGGCAAGAGUUGGUCAAGAACGUGGAAUAAUGUAGUGCCGCGGCAUGCUUCUGAUUCUCUUUCCAUCUGUUAAGCUAUUAGACCAAUGCGCGAAACCUAAGGACGAAAAUAGAUUUCCCAUGAUGUGUCACUGCCAAGUAACAUGGAAAGAACACCUGUUGUAUUGUACAUUAAGUAACUGAAAGAAAUACGCGACAAGAUGAACAAAGGAGACACGUGUAUUCGAAGAUAACGCGAGGGGCGUUCAGUAAGUAAUGUAACACAUUUUUUUCUCGGCCACUUUCGGUUCCAAAAAUGUGGAAUUUGUUGUGAGACAUUGUGGAAUAUUCACUCUGCAACCCCUACAGUUCCAUGCAGUUCCGAUAGCUGGCAGCACUGUAAGGUGGGCAUAUCAUCUUGAUUUUUGUGAGUUAUCGAUGUGCAUGUCACAGACAGAGAGAGAUAGAGAGAGAGAGAGAGAGAGAGAGCGAGAGCAAGUUGUGUUGCAGUUAAUUUUCGCUCGUGCUAUGACACAGUCUUUGCCACCGCGCAGUCUGGUAAGUUCUUACUGAAGUAUGGUAGGUGACGGAUGUAUUCAGAAGUGCUGUGUUGACUUGUGAUUCUAUCUGUUGCGAGAAAGAUUUAUUGUAAGGGACAGGAGAGAUGAAUUGAAUGAAUGAUAUAUUGAAAGGCGAGAAGAAUAUAAAGUCUGAGGUGGGUUUUUUUUUUUUUUUUUUUUUUUUUUUGAGAAGUAGCUUGAGGUAAGACAGCAGCACUGCGCAUCUACUUAGUCGGAAUGAUUGUCAGCUCGUUAACUUUGUUCGCUUUCUCAGAGCUAAGGAAAGACCACCCCACUUCCCUCAAUCAUGCAUUUACAUAACUGAUAAAGCUGUUUGAUUUUUAUGGAAAUUCUCUGUUAAUAAAAUACUUUUUUUAAAUCAUUGAUCACUUUGUUAAGCAUAGUAUUCUUCAGACCAGUUUUAUAUAUGUAAAGAUCACGCAAAAUUUUACCCUUGUCCUUUUGGAUACAUAUUUCAUUCUAAAAUCGUUGUCUUGGAAUAUUAUUUUAUAGGAUUAGUUACUCUCCCCAUCCCUCUGUUUAAAGAAGGGCUACCAUUGUGUUACACCAUGUGGUAUGCAACAGUUUGAAUAUUGUGUGGAAAUUUUAUUUAAAAAUAGAAAUCUAGCUUAGCCGCUGCCUGCUUGCUGUUUGUUAUUGUGCUUUCGAGAAAUCUGCAACAAUGUCAAGAUGCGAGGUAAGUGGAAAUUUUGAUUAGGGCCAGGUAAUUGUUUAACUUCAGUUGCGCAUUUAAUGAAGGCCAGUUACAGUUCAACUUAAUUACGUUCAGUUAAGUCGCAGGUUGGCAUACGAGUUUAAGUUGGAUAACAGUUCGUGGGUACAUACACUCAUGGUCAGAAAAGAAACAGAACACCUUGAACAAUUAGUGAUGGGACAUACAUACUUACAGGACCUGUAUGUUAGUAUGACUACAGAAAUGAUUAGCUUUUGAACCAUGUUGGCCUGAAUGUUGAAGGUGGACAUUGAUAUUGUGACACAACACCACCUAUCGGUAAAAUGUGCCUGUGGC